CUAUUACCAGCGUUUUCGCGAGCAGAUGGGUCUUACAGGCUCGCCCGUUUUGGUGCAAGUCUGCCAAGUAACUUCUCUUUGACCUAGCAAAUUCUUACACCUUGACACUUUACUUACAAAUGGAGUAGCAAGGCAGCGCGUAAGGCGCUCUUGCGCGUUUGAGCAUUGACCCUUGGACGGCGUAAAGGCCGCUCUCACCAGAAAGAAUGUUUAAGACAUUUCGCAAGACAAGGGAGGAGGAAUUGCAGACUGAAGAGGACCUCGAGUUCUACCAGCCAGAGACUGGCCAAACCAUCGCGCGUGCAAGCUUCAGCCAUGAAGCUUCGGACGCAGAGGAGCAGGCUCAGGGCAGCGGCGGAGCCUGGAUUAAGCGCGGCAGCAUGAGACGCAUUAUGACCAAGCUGGGACGAGGCGAAUCCAUGCUGCAUGGUGUUGGCAGCGGAGCAAGCGGGACAAGCGGCAGCGGUAUGAUAGGGCUUGGGGCUAGCACGGGCGCGGCAGACGGAGCUGGCGCCGGCCCCAGCCUUUUCCAACUGCAACGCGGCAGCGGUGGCAGUGCCGGCGAGGGCGGCGGCGGCGGCGGCAUGGCGGCUCGCGCCUCGCCUACGUCGGGCACAGGCGUGCUCCGAAGCCUGGCGACCAUGUUCCGCAACCCUGGCUCGCCCCGUGGCAGCGGCACGCUGCCCGCCGCCGCCACUCCCCUCUUCGCCGGCGGCGGCGGCGGCUUUCCUGGCCAGGGCGUCGCGGCCAAUGGCGGCGGCGGCGGCGACACUAGGGGCGGCCUUCGCGCCAUCAGCACGCCUGUGGGUGCGCCGCGGCCGGCAGCCGCAGGGCAGAAGCAGCAGAGCCUGACAGGCAACGGCAUGACAACGACGGCGGCGGCGGUCAUGAGCGAGGGCGGCGGCGCCGCCGCCCCUGCUGGCGGCGGCGGCGGUGGCGGCUCGGGGGAUGACGUGGCGGGCGGCGGCAGUGGGUCGGGGAACGACGUGGUGGUCUACAAGGCGACUGAGUUCCUUGUGCCAGUGGAGCUGCGGCAGCGCCUGCUGGCUAGCGCCGCGGCCGCUGGUGGCGGAGCUGGUGGCGGCGGACGAUCCGGAGGCGCUGAAGGAGCAGGGGCAACAGCAGGAGGAGCAGGAGGCGUGCUAGCGCACAGCUUGUCGGUGCCUUCGGCGGAGAUGUCUUCGUCACUGCUGCAGCUGGUGGCGCCGUCUCUCAGCCCCACGGGCAUCGCCGCCGCCCCUGGGCUGGCGGGAGGAGCCGAGGAGCGAACCAGCACGGACGCGCUGCUGGCGCAGCUGCAGCUGCAGAUCGCGGAGCUCAAGCAGGCGCAGGCACGCAACGCCGCGGCAACUGCAGCUGCAGCUGUAGCUGCAGCUGCGGCUGCGUCGGGAGCAGGCCAGGCGCAUGCGCAGCCCCGGCCGAGGGCGCAGGGGCCACACCAGGUGCCGAGCGCGGGCUUUGAGUUUGCCGCGGCAGGGCACUCGACGGAGCGGCCAGCAGCACACACAGCGGGAGCAGCAGCACCAACAGCCGCAGGGCUGCGGACCGCUUCCCGGAAUCAGCUCGGGCCGACAGCAACAGCAGCAGCAGUAACAGCAGCCGGCGGCGCUGGGGGCGGCGGCACAGGUGCUGGCGCUGGGGAGGGGCCGGUGACGGAGCCGGUUGCGCCAGGGGCGGGCUCGGUGGCGGGGGCGGAGGCGGGAAGCAGGAGCACGCUGGCGAAGCUGCGGCGGAGCGUGGAGAUGAUCCGCAUCGCCAUGAUGUUCAAGGGUGCCAAGGGAACAGAGGCGCUGCGAAAGCGCAUGUGGGACACUGACGGCUCGGCGGCAGGGGCCGGCGGCGAGGGCUCGGGCGGCGAGGGCGGCGGCGUGUCUCGGAGCACAGGCUCAAUGCCGGAGCUGUCAAACAUGGAUCUGGUUCCGGGGCGGUUCAAGCGCGGCCGCGUGCGGCGCUCCUCCAUCGACGGGCUGCGUCAGUUCAUGGCUCGGAGCUUCCUGGUGAACCAGGGCCGCCGCAGCUUGGACAGGGAGGAGGCGGCGCGGGCCGGCAGGUGCGGCGGGGAGAGAGGUGGCGGGAUGGGGAACAGGGAGGAGGCGGCGCGGGCCGGCAGGCUACUGUUCGAUGAUGACGAGGAGGAGGAUGAUGUGGGUCAGGCCGAGCCCGCGCCCCAGCCCGACAUAGAGCCGGGCCUGCCCGCGCCGCCCCUGCCGCGCGCCUCCUACGAAUACAUCGCGGAGCGGGCUUCGGGGCAGCCACUGCCGUGGAGCGCUCAGAGCAGCCGGGCGUCUUCGAUGGACGGCGGCGAGCAUGCAGGCGCAGCCGGAUCCGGAUCUGAGUGUGCUUCCGGAGGCAUCGGAUCUGGAUCCGGAGACGUUGUUGGAUCCGGGGAGGGCGGCCCGCAGGCUCAUUCACAAGUGCCGGCGUCGGAGGCUUCCUCGCACCCACACCAGAACCAGCACCAGCACCCUCAAAACCAGCUCCACCAAACCCAUCACCACAGCCAGCACCCACACCAGCACCCACACCAGCACAAUCAGCACCACCUCUUGCACCACCGCGAGCCUCAGCCCUCCCGCUUCGCGCCACCCCGGAGCGGCGGCGGGGCAGCCGCCGCCGCCGCCUCUGGCGCUGGCGCCGCCACCGUCGCUGGCGCUCCCGCUGGCGCCCCCCUCGGCACCGCCAGCGGCAGCUCACCUGCUGCGCCCGCACCCGCACCCGCACCAGCACCAGGCGCCCUGAUGCCCCUACCAGGUAUGCCCGCCGGCGCCGUCGGGGCACUUACACAACCGCCGCCUCCACACCAACAGCAGCAACCACAGCACGCACAGCACGCACAGCCCACUGCGGCGGCGGCUGGGCUAUCGCUGGGCGGCGGCGGCGGCGGCGGCGGCGGCGGCGCGGGGGCCUCCACGUCUGCUGCGUCUCACCGGCGGUCUGUGGAGAUCGACACCAUCAACCCGCUCAGCAGUGAUGCCGACAUCGAGGAGCUGCUGCAGGUGGUCGGCCGGAACAACAGUGUGGGUGGCGGCGGCGGCGGCAGUGGGUCCAUGCAGCGGCAGCGGCGGGGCCCCUCCGGCGGCACAGCCAGCGGCGGCGGCGGGCGCAUUGUUGUCAGGGCGCGGGGUGGCAGCAGUGGCGGCGGCGGCAUGGCCCUGGACGUCGACAUGCAGGCGCCCGCAGAGGUCUGCCCCAUUGAGCCCUCGCCUCCCGGGUCCGCCCGCGGCAGCGGACUCGUGGCCCCCUCCCAGCAGCAGCCCUCGCCGCCGCAGCCCUCGCCUCACGCCACCCAGCAGCCUUCUCCACAACAACCCCUACGCACACAGCCCUUGCACACACAGCCCGCGGCGGCGGCUGCGGCGGCUGCGGCGGCGGCGGCGGCGGCAUCGCCGCGCUCGCCGGCAACGGCAACGGCGCCGCCAUCCACGCCCGCCGCCAGCCCGGCGGCGGCGGCGGCGGCAUCGCCUGGAAUCACCCGUACCGUGCAGAUGCUGCUGUCCAAACUGAACUCGCUGCCGCCCGGCCUACGAACCGACAUCAUCAUACAAUUGGCUGCCCAGCCCGAGAUGCACGGACUGCUGCAUGUGACAAUCGCAGCUCCAGCUACAGCCGCCUCCGCAACCAGUGCGACUGCUACAGCCUCGCCUGCAUCGUCGCAAUCGACUCAGGGUCUGGGCUUCGGCACACCGGCUGCUACAGCCGCCGCCGCCGCUGCCGCCGGGUCUCCAUUGGCCUCAGCAGCUGCUCGCAGCCCCGCGGCGGGAUACGGCAGCGGCGGCGUCGGAGGUGGCGGCGCCAACGGUCCGGUGGUUGGACUGGUGCGGCCAACCGCAACCGUAACCGCAACUGCCGCAGGCUCCUACUUGGGGGUCGGGCCCUCGCUGCCGACCGUGCCGGAGCUGUCGACCAGCUCCCAGGAAUUGGUUGAGACGGCAACCGCUAGCCGCAACCACCAACCGCUCCAGCGUGCAACCACCAUGUUCAGCACCAUUGGCGGCGGCGGCGGCGGUGCGCCCAUUGGCAUCGGCGGCGGCGGCGGCGGCUCGGCAUGGUCUGGCUCGCUCGGCUCCUUCCCCAUUGCGUUGCAGCGCUCGCCGACCGGCGACUUCCGUACGUCGCCGUACAACCCCUCCUCCCUCCGCGCGGCCCUUGCAGCCUUCGACAUCGUCCCUGCCGCAGGCGCGGUCGGCGGCGCCGUCAGCAGCAGCGGCGGCGGCGCCACCAACGCCUCGGUCGCGACGUUCACCACCGCCGGCGGCCCCGUCAGCCCCGUCCCCAGCGCCGUCAGCGGUUCCGGCCUCAGCUUUGGUGCCUUUGGCCUCGGCGGCGGCGGCGGCGGCGGCGGCGGCAGUAGCAGCUUCGGACUGCACCCAAUGCUGCAGCCGUCGCCGUCCAUGCCACACGCCAGCGGCUUUGCUACAGCCGGAGCAGGUGCCGACGCGGCGAUGCUACAGCCGCAGCUACUUCAGCGCGCAGCCACUUCCGCCCGCGGCGCCUCGGACGCGGGCAACGGAAGCGGCAUGGGUUUGGGUGCGGAUGGCUCGCGAACGGGCCGCCGCCUCUCCAGUCGCAAGCACCUGCAGCCUUCAGAUGCCUUCCUCUCGGGCCUCACCCCCGCCUCCGCCAGUGCUACAGCCAUGGCUGGCGGCGGCGGCGCGCCGCCGCCGCCGCCGCCGCUGCCGCAGCGCUACAGCCACAGCGGAGCGCCGGUGUCGCUGGCGCCGCCACCGCCGCAGCAGCAGCAGCGCACCAGCUUCGCUGGCCUGCCGAACGCGGCAUUCCACAGCGUGGGCGGCGGCGGCGGCGGCGGCGGUGCCGCUGGCGGCGACGUCACCGGCGGCUGGCUUGAGGCGGAGGCGGUGGGGGCGCUUGUUGCUGGAGCGGCGGCGGCGGUGGAUGGCGGUACGGUCUUGACUAGCGGCCAGAACGCAAUGUCGCUUCUAGCGACGCCGUCGUUUGGGCGCAGCCUCUCGUUUGGGGUGGCGUCGCUGGCGGCGCCCGACGUGGCGGCGGCGGCGGGCGCCGCCGCCGCCAGUCGGGGCCUGAGGUACCGUCCAUCCCGCAAGAACAUGUACGAACCAUCGGGGGAGGAGGUAACGCUCGUGCAUAGCACCAGCAGCAGUCUCACGGCGGCGGCGGCGACGGCUGUGGACGGCGUGGGGGCCGCUUCAGCUGGCGGCGGCGGCGGCGGCGGUGGCGGUGGCGUGCAGCCGCUGUGGCCCAUCCGGGAAGUUGGUGCCGAAGUGGACGCGAGCUCGCCUCGUGAGGGUGCCGCGGCGUCUGGUGCUACUGCUGCCGCUGCUACCGCGGUGGUCGUGCGUAAGGCGGCGGCGGCGGCGGCGGUUGGUGGUGACGCGCUGCUGGAAAGGCUCGCCGCGGAAGCACCAGGAGCAGGGGCUCCGGCAGUGGCUGUAGCAGCAAGCAGGGGAAGCGCUCCUCGUGUUGGCGGUGGUGCGGCGCCGCCGCCCGCGGCAGUAGCCGCGGCGGCAGGCAGUAGUGCUACAGCCGGUGGCGGCGUUGCGAGCGUGGGGGCAGGGAUUGGUGCAGGCGGGGUUGAUGUCGAUGUCGGGGGCGGCCGGACCUCUGACGCGUUGGCACAGGCGCGGCGGCAGAUACAGGAGCUGCAGCAGCGCAAGAGCAGGCUGCAGCUGAUGCAGCACGAAAGCGCGGCGGGCGCUGGCAGUGGGAACUCUGCUGCUGCUUCUGCUACUGCCGCGUCAACGUCGGCAGCAGUAGCAGCCGGCACGGCAGCAGGCGCCCGGUCUUCAGAGAUCUCUGCGUUCGCGGCGCCUGGCGGCUCCGCUGCCGCGGCUGUAGCAACCGCCGCCAGCCCCAGCUACAGCUCCCCAGCCGGCGGCGCCGGCCUGGCAGUGAGCGUUUCCGGCGGCGGCGGCGCCGCGGCGGCGGCGGGGUCCGACGGGGACAGUGUCCAGUGGGACAAGUACGGCCUACCGCCUGGGUCGCCGGCGCGGGCCCGGUCGGGGGCUUCGCAGCAGGUGGCGCCGUCGUCACCGUCAGCCCGGCUGGUGGCGGCGGUACUGCGGCCUUUCAGGUCACCUUCCCGCACCGGCUCCCCCGCGGCCUCGCCGCGCCACUCCCUCAGCCCCCCGACCCAGCGCACAGCCGCCUCCUCCACAGGCCGCGGCGCAGCCGCUGCCUCCACCCCCGACGGCGGCGCCAGCCCCCUUGCCGGUAGCACCCCCUCGGUGCAGUGGAGUAAGUACGGCAUUGCCUCGCCACGUGCCAACCGCCAGACCGCGCCCGCCGCCGCCACCGCUUCACCCACUACUGCCGCCGCCGCCACCACUUCACCCACUACUGCCGCCGCCGCUGCUGCCGGUACUGCUACUGCCGCAAACGGCAGUACCAAAUUCGCGUCAGCUUCGACGGAAGGCAUGGGCCCCGCGGCGGCAUCGGGCCCCGCGGCGGCAUCAGCGCUGUCGCCUGCGGUCACGCCGCGAGCGUUCACGAGCGGCAUUCCAACUGCGAGCAGCGGCGGCGGUGGUGGUGGUGGUGCUGGCGUUGCCGCAGGUCUGACUCCGGGUCGGUCGCCGAGCUCGCGGAUACCGGCGGCACCGGGCACAGCCGCUGCGGCCGCUGCACCAGCACCAGCACCAGGACCAGCGCCAGCGUCAGCGCCAGCGCUAGUACCGGCGCCAGCGCCAGCAACAGCAACAGCAGCAGCGCCGGGCAGCAGCCGUGGUGGCAGCGCCGCAGGCAUGGGCAUUGCCCCAUCGCCACAGACUCAGCCGCCGCCAUUGGCGGCGCCAGAGGUGACGGUGGCGGCGGGUCCCACGACGGCGGCGGCGGCGGCGCUGGCGGCGGCGCGGCGGCAGCUGGACGAGCUGAAGCGCUUGAAGGACGAGCGGCGGCGGCGCCAGCUGCUGCUGCAGGAUCAGCAGCAGAGCCAGCAGCACGAUCAGCAACAGGGACGCCGCAGCAAAGACGAAGCGGACAGUGCGGCGGUAAACCUGUCCUUCUCCUUGGGAGGCGCCGCCGCAGCAGCAGCCGCCGCCGACCACCACAGCGUUGCCGCGGACCGCCGCCAAGCGGCUACGGCUACGGCUACUGCUGCUGGUGUUGGUGCGUCGCCUGCUGCUGGUGUUGGUGCGGCUGCGGCUCCUGCUACUCCUAAUGCUGCUGGUGUUGGUUCGGCUACUGCUACUGCUGCUCGUGUUGGUGCGGCUACUGCUGCUGCUGCUGGUGCUGGUGCUGGUGCGGCUGCGGCACGAGCAGGUGGCAGCGCUGCGGCCCGCGGCAGCCCGGCGACGGCGCUGCACCUCCCCCUCCCUCCACAGUUCGCCCUUGGCACCAACUACCACAAACAACCCAGCAACAACCACCACAACAGCACCGGCGGCGGCGGCAGCGCCGGCAGCAGCGUCGACUUUAGCGUCGGCGCGGACGCGGACCUCGCCGGCGCCUCAUCACCGCAGCCUCUGCAUGGCAUGGAGCCGACUGCGGCGGCGGCGGCGACGGCGACGGCGGCGGCGGCGGCUACUCGAGCAGCGGUGCCUCGGCCGCGGCCGCCGCCGCCGCUGGUCGUAGGCGCCCCCGCCGGCAGUGUUGGCAGGUCCGCCAACACGCCGCCUCUAGCGCUGCCGCUGGGGCCGCCGCCGCCGCCGCUGGUGCUAGGCGCCGCCGCCGCCACGGCAGCAGCUGCUGAAGCCGCCAGCGGCGGCGUGUCGGCGGACCUGCCAACGCUGCCGGCGGAGCCGUCGUCCAUUGUGACGACGCACAGCGGCGGCGUGCAAUGGGAGCGAUACGGCCUGCCGCCGGGCUCGCCGUCGGCGCAGCAGCGCGCGGCGGCGGCCGCCACCGCCAACGGCUCGUUCUCAGGAUCCGCGGCGCCGUCAUCGCCGCGGCUGCGGCUGGCGGCCUUGAUGAGGCCGCUGUGGGACUCCUUCUCGCGCUCACGCAACGCCUCGCCGGCGGCCUCGCCGCGCGCGACCACGGACACCGGCGCGGCACCGUUUGUUCCGCGGCCUGUGGCGGCAGCUUCCGUGGUGGAGCCCCCUGCGCCUGAGCCCACUGCAUCUGCGGGUGUUUUUAAAUCGGAGGAUGGCACGCUAAUGGGGGUUGCCUCAAGCGCUGGCUCCAUUGCCGGCGCGCCGGUGAGCGCCGGCAGCCGGUCCGUCAGCGGCGGCGGCGGCGGCGGCGCGCCUGCUGCAGCUGGACCUGCUGCCGCCGCUGCUACAGCUGGUUCCGGUGCUGCCGCUACUACGGCUUUGGGUGACGGCACUGACCAGCAGCAGCAGCAGCAGCAGCAGGAGCUGCAGCUGCAAGGUCACAGCUCUGGCAGCGUGCAGUGGGACAAGUGGGGCCUGCCUGCCGGCGGCCACAGCAGCGCUCCCGGCUCUCCCAAACCCACACGCGGCCUCCGCGGCGGCGCCGCAGCCUCGCGGCAACAGGAGGCGGGAGCCGCACCCGACUCGCCCUCCGCAUCCUCCGUCCGCGCCGCCGUCGCCGCCAGCUCCUUUGUGGGAAGGAUUGGCAGCCUUUUGUCGCCGUCACGCCUCCGCCGCGGCUCCACUGGCGGCGGCGCCGGCGCUGUUGGGUCGUCUGGGCUGUCGGGCUCACCGCUGGCGUCGCCUCGUGCCUCGCCUGCGGUGCACUGGGAGAAGUACGGCCUACCGGCGUCGCUGCGUGCGUCGGGGCCGCCUGCUACAGCCACUGCUACAGCCGCUGCUAAUGCUGCUGAUGCUGCGGACGCCGCCACCAUCACCACCACCGCCGCCCCCGCCGCGGCCGUGGACGGCAUGGUAACCACACGGCUCCGCCUGGGUAGCAUCGGCAGUGGAGGUCGCACCAUGGGCAGGGCUUUGCCGGAGCCGCUGGCGGCUUCCGCGGCUGCAGCGCAGUCUGCCACCGCCGGCCAUGCUGCUGAGGCCGCAGCAGCAGCGGCCGCAUGGCAGGGGGCAUCUGGUCAAGUCGGCGGCGCCGCCAACGAAGAUGACGACGAGGAGGCGGCGGCUCAGAUGUUGGCUCAGCUCCAGCACCUGGCCGAGUUGCAGGCGCAGCUGCAGGAGCUGCAUCAGGCGCAGGAGGCGGAGGAGCAGCGGGAGAGGGAGCAGAGGGAGCGGGCGCAACAGCAGCAAGGCCAGGAGCAGCAGCAAGGCCAGGAGCAGUGGCAGCACGUGCAGCAGGAGCAGCAGCAGGAGCCGGAGGCGCGCCAGCAAGGGCAGGAACAGCAGCAGAUUGCUGCGGCGCAGCACGCGCUGCUGUCACGCCAGGAGCAGGAGCGGCUGUUGACGGCUCGUCAGGCGCAGGCACAGGCACGGCAGCACCUGCUGCAGCAGCAGGGUCAGCAGCAACAGCAGGGGCGGCAACAGGGGCAGCACGGCUCGCCUCUACCCCACGGCGCGCCCCGCUCUCCCGCAUUCAGCCACCACCACCACCACCACGACCAUCACCACCAUCAAGGACCCGGCCAGGAGACGUCGCACGAGCACACGCCACGCAGGCGGCGCACGCGCGAGCUGCUGCCAGCAACGGACCAAGUGGUGGAGCGGGCGGCUCGUGCGUGGGGCGAGGCCGAGGUGAUCGAGGUGCCGCAGCCCGACCUGACCUCCUGGCAGCCCCUGCCCGUGGCGGUGCCCGUGGCGGGCACCCCCGACGACUCCGCCGGCGGCGGCUACGGAGCCGGCAGCUUGUACGGCGGCAGCGGUUGCGGUGACCGGUACGGCAACGAUGGCGGUUACGGCAGCGGUUACAGCGGGUACGGCUCGCCGGCGGUGCAGAACUUGCAGGGUUUGCAGCCGCAUGGGCAGGUGGCGUCCCCGGGGAGCAGCCUGGAAAUGCGGGCGGCAGCCGGGCAGCACCUAGCCAGUGCUGGGCAGCCGCCCGCAAUGUCUCCUGGGUACGGCACUAGGGUGCCAAACCAGCUGUUCGCAGCCACCACCGCCAGGCCCUCGGAUGGCGGGCUGGCGUUGCCAGGCGGUUUCGGCGCCGGUGCAACAGCCGGCGCCGGUGCUGGGUCGCCGUAUGCUCGUGGGCCGCUGAGCAGCCCGCACGGGCUGCUGGCGUCGCCGCAGCACCAGCAACAGUACCAGGAGCAGCAGCAGCAGGAGUACGGCAGUGGCGGCGGCGGCGUGUCGCCGCAGCUGUUGCGGCAGCUGGCGGAUGGCAGUUGUGCAGUGAGCCGGGCAAACAUGUUGUCGCAUCCGGUGCAGCUGGAUAGCGACUGGGAGCCCUCAUGAGGAGGAUCUCAGGAUUGCGAAUGAGCAUGUGAGCAUGAGUGGUUGGAUGCAAGAACGGAAAACAAAUGUGUGAGAGGAAGUAGAGAGAUGGCUGUGAUGAGGUCUGGGGUGAGGGAAGGGAGCGGUGUGUUGGGCGAUUCCGUGCACGGAGAGGCCCCGUUAUAAACUUUAUGCCGGCACGGUCGUUAAGCCGUGAGAAAUAAGUCCACAUCUUGCAGCGUGGCAAUACGGUAUCAUGGAGUCCAGUAUUUACCUUGUGUGCGCGGAGCGAGGCCCGGUUGGGGGUCGGGAGGACUUACGGUAAUAAGAAGCAAUUACGCUAGUCCCUUAACGUGCUGGGCAUCAAGGCCCGGUGUGAAGGGCUACGGGUGCUGUUGGCAUGGGGGUGUUAACACAAUCGCAAUAAUGACACCGGUAGCUUUCCCGUGAGGCCGCGUUUCGCACUGACAUUCGGGGAUGCGCGCGCUUCGCGACCAAACCCAUGCACCCAAGCCAUUGUUGUUGACUGGCUCCGGCUCUGGUUUUAUGCGCGCGUCCUGAAUCCUGACUUGUUUCGAACCCGCAUGACAAAUGUUGUAUAUUCGGACUGCUUGUAGCCCCAACUGCGGUAGCUCUGGCCACGCCCUCACAAUCUCAGACGGGCUUUUGCAUUACUUGCAUAGCACCAUACGUACAAUCUAGCCACUGGCACAUGACCCGUGAGCCUUCGGCUGGGCCUCUGCGUGGCUUGGAUACAUGGCCCCUAUCUGUCGCUCGAGGUUUGACAUUGGCACAUGGCACACAGUGAGGAUUGUUGCGUAAACAAAGUGAAUGGGAGACGCAAGCAAACAAGGUAGGUUUAUGGGGUGCCGGCCUCGAGCGGGUUGGGUUUUUGACGGCGGGCACGAGGCGGGCCUGUCUGCUUGUGUGUGACACCGACAACGUGUAUGACGACUUUGCAGCUGUGCCUUCAAUCGUGCACAUGUUGCACGCAUGAAGCAAUCAGGGUUUGCACUAUUCAUGCGCUGUGAUUGUGCUUGCUUUGUCUGUUGGGGUGUGGACUUCGGAGGAAGGUGAAGGGAGCCAGGGGUGGAGGGAGGUCAGAACCUGAGCAGCUGUGGUGUUCGGGCCUAGAGGAUGCCGUGAAAGGUGAGGGACACACGGUAGUGUUGUGAAUUGGGCCAAGUCAGGCAAGUGGGCAAGAGGAAGACGUCCUGCGGGAGGGGGGAGGGGGCAGCAUGGGCAGGGGGGGGGUAGGAAACAAAGUGCCAGACC